GGGCCGUUGGAGGAGGACAUGUGGAGCAGCCUGAAGAGCCGAUGCCAGACCCUCUUCCAGCCUUCAUGGUCCAGUGAGUCCAGGGUGGACUCGGAUGCAGUCCACUGCGUGCUGGAUCUGGGUUCAGGUGAGGUCCAAGGACCCGGACCUUCCAGUCCAUCAUGGAGCAUCUCACCGGUGCCAGCGGUACCAGGAGGGCGCCGCCAUCAUAACUGUGUAACGGAUGUCCCGCAGAUCGUGGAGGUCUCCGUGGACAAGGACUCUGAGGAUGUGCGGGGGGGUUCUGGGGGCCUGGCCCGCAGAGACUCCUACUCCCGCCACGCUCCAUGGGGGGGCAAGAAGAAACACUCGUGUUCCACCAAAACCCAGAGCUCUUUGGAGGAGCGGCACGGACGCCUGAGGGGGUGUGGGACCCGCAGAGACCGGCAUCAUGGGGUCGGCUCCAUCCAGGAGAUCAACGACCCGGGUUCUGCAGGCCGGGUUCUGAACCCUCGCUCCCUACGGCAGCGCCUCAGUGACGCCGUCGGGUUGUGCUUACCACUUCCUGUUCGCAGACGCUCCAAGAACCCAACGAGCUCCCGACGGAAGAUCCACCUGACGGAGCUCCUGCUGGAGACCUGUCCCUUCCCGCCGGGCUCGGACCUGGCCCACAAGUGGCACCUGAUCAAGCAGCACACGGCGCCGGUUAGCCCGCAUUCCUCCACCGCCCUGCUGGACGCCUUUGACUCUGCCCAGCCCUCCCCCGAGGAUGAGGAGGAGCGUCUCCGCGAGCGGCGCCGGCUCAGCAUCGAGGAAGGCGUGGACCCGCCGCCCAACGCUCAGAUCCACACCCUGGAGGCCUCGGCGCCGGGCCCGCUCCACAAACUGGGACCAAAGAUGGCUCCUGGCAUGGAGGCCUCGGGGGAGACCUGGACUCCCACCAGUUCUCUGGCUGCUGCGUCCUCUGGGGCCUGCGGACCAGCGCCGGCACCGUCCCAGGACUGUGACUCUGAGGAGGACUCCACCACCCUGUGUCUGCAGGCCCGCAGGUCCAAACAGAGACACGCCUCCGGGGAGGCCCACCUAAGCCGGCCCGGACCCUGGAAGGUCCACACCCAGAUCGACUACAUCCACUGCCUGGUGCCGGACCUGCUCCACAUCACCGCGCUGCCCUGCUACUGGGGCGUGAUGGACCGCUACGAGGCCGAGUCUCUGCUGGACGGACGCCCCGAGGGCACCUUCCUGCUGCGGGACUCGGCCCAGGAGGACUACCUGUUCUCCGUCAGCUUCCGCCGCUACAACCGCUCGUUGCACGCCCGCAUCGAGCAGUGGAACCACAACUUCAGCUUCGACGCCCACGACCCGUGCGUCUUCCACUCCUCCACCGUCACCGGACUGCUGGAGCACUACAAGGACCCGAGCGCCUGCAUGUUCUUCGAGCCGCUGCUCACGGUGCCGCUCCACCGGACCUUCCCCUUCGCCCUGCAGCACCUGGCGCGAGCCGCCAUCUGCCGCCGGACCACGUACGACGGCAUCGGCUCCCUGCCGCUGCCCCCCGCCCUGCAGGACUUCCUGAAGGAGUAUCACUACAAACAGAAAGUACGAGUUCGCUGGCUGGAGAGGGAGACGGCGCUCCGCAGCCGGUCGUAAUGAUGUGGCUGAUCCCGAGGGUCGUACAAAUAAAGUUUAUUCAAAUGUUUAAUAAAGUUCCAUCAGCCGAGAACACAAACAAGCAGCACUUAACCUCACCUGUGCCAGGUGGGGGGGUCAGGGGUCAUCACAGGUCCUUACCUGUGCCAGGUGUGUGUGUGGGGGGAGGUCAGAGGUCAUCCACAGGUGUGCAGGGAGUUCUGCAGAUUCAGGAAGAUCAAGCGAUGACAGAUAAAAUGAUCCUCCUGAGUUUCACGGAACGUUAAAGUUCGGACUUCAUCAGAACCAAAUCCCCUCUGAACGACCCGGUCCAGGUUCCCCACAGAACAAUCGUUUUCGUUUACAUCUGAAGGUUCUGGUGGUCUGACGGUCCGGGCGGACUUAUCGUGACCUUUGUGCCUUUUCAGAACCAUCAGUCUUCUAAAGUCUUUACGGUCCAAACCAGGAGCGGCCCGUUCUGAGACCCAACCGGGUCGACUGAUGAGCUGCUGGUGCUGCUGCAGGGGACGUCAGUGGAACAUAACCAGACCCAUGAGAGUUCUGGUUCUGGUCUACAACUUCACACGCAUGGUUUAGUCCAGCCAGUACCGGGUCGGGCUCUGUGGGUCGUGCACACGAGGAUUGAACGGAUAACAACUUGUCUGGUUCCGAACCAGAAAUGUGACCCAAACUGGGACCAGUUAGAGCUGAUGACAAGAACCACACAUCUGGCGCCACGUGACCCAAGUCCAGACAGUCCGGGUUUAUCCGAGCUCACACAGAACCCUGCAGGUCAUUGGAGCUGCAGCCGGGUCAGAACCCUGCAGGUCUGUGGUCAGAGCUUCACACCUGGAGAACUGGACUGGACCUCUGACAGGACUGAUGCAUGAUGGGAGUUGUAGUAUGGUUACAGCGUGCCAGGCCUCAGAUCGGUGCUGAAUCUGGACUCGUUUAGGACUUUUUCUUAAAAUCAAGACGUGUCGGCCCGGUGAGGUUCAGACUCCUGGUUCUUCCUGGGUCGUGUGACAUCACCUGCAGGCUCACCUGAAGUACCUGUAAACCUGUCGAGUCUGAAGGAAUAUCUUCUUCUGUGGUGCUCAGUCUGUGCUUCUUCUACCACCCACCCCACCCAGAACCAGGACACACGGACCACAGGAUCAGAACCCCUGCCCUGGCAUCAGGAGGGGCCUCAGGUCCCAGAUCUUGGACUGGGUUUUAUGUUCCGGCUGAAGAACUUGAUGCAGUUUCUGUCCCGAUAUGCAACAAAGUAGUUUACCGAAGGUCGCACGCCUCCGUCACUUUAACGCUGUACGUGCACAUGCUGUGGUUGGUGCUGAGGCAUGAUGGGAGCUGGUUCUGACGGAUCACAGGAAACCCAUCAGAACCCGCGGCCCGUGUAAACCACGUCUGUUCUGUCCAUUUCCAGUAUAACAUGUUUAUUUGAAUUAGUUUCACUCUUGGUGCUCGGCUUCUGCUUCGUUGUCUUAAUAUUCCAAAUAAAACUGUUCAGUGCAAUCUA